CGGCAAUUCUAUUAUUCAUUAAUUAGCAGCAUCAUUUGGAGACAACAGCACCCAAAAAUAGUAACUGCUCGAUUUAAUGCAAGGUAACUUGUACCGGAGUAUCGUGUUCCAGCCCCCAAGUGGUGCAGGUAGCAGUUCAUCCUUAUCUUCUGCAAGUGCCAUGAUGUUUUAAGCCGGGUAUAUAAGCCAAAAUGAGGCGGGCUGAGGCAAAAUUCAGGAGCCCCUCCUUUCCCGGCUUCGCCUCCUACAAAAUGCAGUGACAAUCUCAGCGCGACAAUGCUCAUCACCAGCUUGGGGAAGCAAUUAGAUAUUUGGAAUAUCUUUGACUCUUGAGAUAGGACAGGAACAAUGAUCUAUUCGCUACUUUUACUAGGCGCAGGUCUCGCCUCGCGGGCCUCAGCAGCAUGCAGCCGAGAAUUGCUUCGGGAGGCCACAGCGGCGUAUGUCGAAGCGCAAGCCGCCGGAGACCCGAAUCUGCUUGGUCUGGCUAGCAACGUCAGCUACUUGGAGAACGACAGUCCUGGAGAUAUCAAGAAGGGCAUUCUAAGCCAAGCCAUUACUAUCGACUUCAACCGCAGCCUACACGACACGACCCAGUGCGCCACGUUCACCGAGCUGUCUGCGGCUACCAACAAGAACCCGUACGUCAUCCACACGCGCCUGCUCUUUACCGACGACAAGAUCACGGCCGUACAGUCGGUUGUCGCGGACCAAGGCGACUGGGCGUUUAACGCGACGGGACAAUUGUACUGGACCAAACAGGAGAAGUGGGACACGAUCCCGGAGGACAAGCGCGAUACCCGCGAGGUCAUCCAGGCUGCCGGCGAUGCGUACCUCGACAGCUGGGGCGACGGUACCGUCACAGUGCCGUACGGCACGCCGUGCGCUCGCCUCGAGGGUGGCGCUUACACGGGGGGCUCGCAACCAACAGCCAACACGUGCGUGAUGCCGCAGUUCCCGGAGCCAUUCAAGGUCGGGAACCGGCGAUACGUCAUCGACGAAGAAGUGGGCGGUCUUGACAUCUUCAACGACUUCCCGUUCAUCGAUGCGGGAAAACCUGAUGGUACGCCCAGCACCAACUUUAUCCGGGUUGAGGGCGGCAAGCUCAGGUACAUCCACGAAGUCACCGUGUGCACGACUCGCAACUGUGGAAGAUAGAGGAUUGACCUGCUGUGAGAUGUGAGGUUGCCAAAAUAGUAUUGGGGAAUUGGACGUGUAGAUGUUGCUAUAGCUUAACAUAGUACUUCCCUUAUUCUUAGCCUAGGCGGCUGAUUUCUAGUAUCUUCACCUAAUGAUUGGUAUCGCUGUGCAUAACAUCCGUCCGAAUCAUGGGAUACAUCAUAUGUCACCGCAUGUGAAAAAUUCCUAUUCCACCGAAGUUCUGUUCUCUUCCGAUGUCAUGAGAUAUUCAGGCCGUAUGAAGCCGAAGUGGAACUGAGCAGAUAUUUACUAAUAUUGCGUUGGACGAAUGGGAAAUGCCCAACAUGUAUGGUGGAUUGGCUGGUAAUAAAUUUUAACUUUUAAAGUCGGAGGAGAGAACAGG